AUGAUUUCUCUUCCCCAUGAAAUCAUCUUUGAGGAGAUACUUCCUCUAGUCCCUGCAAAAUCUCUUGUUAGAUUCAAGUGUGUGUGCAAGCUCUGGUGUGCUACGAUUUCUGAUCCUCACUUUGUGCGUGCUCAUCUCAAUCGACUCAAAUCUCAACCAUUCAGUACUUCUGGUAACCUAACUCGAAGUUCCAUCAACAAAGGUGAUUAUUCAUUCUUAGAUCCUCAAACAGAUGAGAAGUUCGACUUGUGCUUAAAGAAGUGCCUGGGGGAAGAAAAUAGUUCCUUAUCUUUGAAAGCUUCUUGUGAUGGACUACUCCUUGUCCAUGCAGAAAGAAUUAUAGAACAUCGAUUCUAUGUUUGUAAUCCGAUCACUCGACAAUUUUUGAAGCUUCCUAUCCCUCCUUCACAAUGGUUUGGUGCCUCUGGAUUGGCUUAUGAUGCUAAAAGCCAACAUUAUAAGGUGGUUGGUUGGUUUGGAAGUGACGAUAAUGAAGGCUGCAAGUGUAUGGUGUUUACAAUAAUACCAAAUAUGAUGAAUCACAACAAUGAAUCAUCGUUUGGGUCGUCAUUGAAAUCAUCAUGGAGGGAAUUGAGUGUACCAAGAGGGUGUAGAUUACAAAGAUUUGGUUGUCCAGCUUCAGUAAGAGGGGCAUUGUAUUGGGUAGCACUCAAUCAUGACUACAAUGAACAUUGUAUUAUCUCAAUGGACAUCACAAGAGAAGUUUUCAUGGAAAUUAAAUUUCCAAGGUAUGAACCGAUCAGUCGAGUUUUCAACUUAAUUGGAUUGGAAGGAUCGCUAUAUCUUGCGCAAUCUUCGUUUGUUCGUAAUACAUAUAAUCUUGGUUCUACUUUCUUAUGGGUUCUAGAGGAUGAUUUGGACAAAGAUCAGGUCUGGACCAAGCUAUGCUACUUUGAAUAUGAUGGUGGUGGUGGUGGAGAUCACGGUUCAAAGAUUCAUAAAUUUGUUUCUAAUUAUGACACUAAAUUGCUGCAGGACAUAUGGUUGAUGGUGAUUAAGAAGGAUAGGGAGACUUAUCUGAGUUCAUAUUUUGAUACCCAUCUUAACAGUCUUGUGACCUGGGAUGCUUGAGCCUU